AUGUGUGAGCUACCUCAUUUCCAAUUUCACCCAAGAUGCAAGGAUAUCAAGCUCACUCAUCUUUGUUUUGCUGAUGACUUAAUCCUUUGUAGUAAAGGUGAUUAUCAGUCCAUUCUUCUCCUGUUACAAGCUUUCAAGCUCUUCUCUAAUUCAGCUGGUUUAAAGGCAAAUCAGCAGAAGUCUUCUGUAUACUGUCAUGGUAUGCCAGAGAGUGAAGUCCAAAGGGUAGUUGAUAUUUCUGGUUUUUCUAGAAGUUCUUUGCCUUUCAAGUACCUGGGUGUGCCCAUAUGUUCUAAGAAGAUUAAUGUGGCUCAAUGUGGACACUUAGUGGAUAAAAUGAUCACUAGGAUUAAGAUCUGGAGCUCAAGAAACCUCUCAUACACUUCCAGAGUGCAACUAAUCAAUUCUGUUUUGCUCAGUUUGCAUAUGUAUUGGGCUCAGAUCUAUGUCAUUCCUAAAACUAUUCUGCAGGAUAUUGUGAAGAUAUGCAGAGCAUUUCUAUGGAGUGGACAAGCUUUCAUCCAGAAGCCAAGCAAUAUAGCUUGGGAAAAAGUUUGUUGUGAUAAGCAGCAUGGUGGUCUGGGUUUAUGGAUGUUGUUUUGUGGAACACUGCUUUCAUGGGAAAAUAUAUGGAUUACUUCACUCUACCCCAAAGAUGGGGAAUGGUGGGAUUACCAACCUAGCUCAUCUUCUAGUUGGUAUUGGAGGCAAAUUUGUGUCACUAAGGAAAAAUUCAAGCAGUAUUUUACUCUGGUAGAUAUGGAGGGCAUGGCACAUUACUCAGUGAAGCAAGUUUAUGAGAAAAUGUUGGGUGUGAAGCCUAGAGUGCUUUGGGAUAGAUUAGUUUGGAAUAGAUUGAUCACUCCUAAGCACAAAUUUAUCUGCUGGCUUGCAGUUCAAUGCAGCCUUCAGACCACAGCUAAACUGGCUAGAAUUGGCAUUAGCCAAUCUGCUCUAUGCUUGAUUUGUGGGUUAUAG